UAUACUGCAAAUCAAUUACUGAGCAUCACGUCAUUUUCAGUAUCGGUGCAUUCCACGUUCCAUCCGAUUAUCAUCCUGGCGUGAAACCAUUUCCAGGGAUUGUGUAACGGCUUUUUUUCGUGUAAAGUAGUAGGUAGUUAAUUUUUUUCAAAUAAUUCAUCUGUCGACAUUUUUGGAGUAAGUUUGUUUACAAUCGUUGUAUAUAAAUCUUGACGUAUUCAUUGUUCUUUAUCAUAACGGAGCAAAUACGUAGUCAGAAUUGUUUUUGUUUUUAUUUUCAGUUAUUUGAUUUGGAAGUAUCAGUGAUUUUUUUGUCUUCAUCAAAAUGUCAAAAGUUCGUGUCAUUGUUUUUCAUUAAUUGAUAGUAAUUCCGCAUAAGAUUAAUUUUUUACGAUGAUUAUGUCUAUUUGAUAGUUUUGUUGUUACAAAUAUGUUUAUUUACACAAUUGUUAGAUGAAAAAAAAAACGGGAACAGAAAAGUGUUCUGAAUGAAUUCGCCAGAAAACGAAUUCGCUGACAUUGUGUCGAUGUCAUUUGACAUUUCAAAUGUCAUUUCAUUCUGGUACAACAACUUUUCUGAUUCAUUGAAAAAAGCAUUACAACAAACUGCAAAAAAGCCACAUUCAUUAUUUGGAUUAAAAAUGGUGAAAAAUUAAAAUGAAAUUGUUAAAAUUAUUAUGGACUGUUUACAAUGAAACAGCUCAAAAUUCACAAAUGAAAAUUCAGUUCGAUAUCAGUAUAGAAAUAAUCUGGUCAAACAGUUAUUGAAAAGAAUGCGAAACGGAGAUUUGCCACAAGGCAUGUACACUCGGAUACCACAAAAUAUUGAUUCCGAAAGUGAGGAAGAGUUUCGCUUACAAAUGAACAAUUGCCAGCUAAAAGGUAGCCAAAUCGUGGCACGAAAUCUGAAAUCAUCAAACAUGCAUACCACAAUGAGUCGAUUGCCAGAGUCUUUACCCGAUGUACGAUUUGCAAAUACGCAAUCUCACUAUUCAAAUCACAGUCGAAUGCCAAGUGAUGCUGAUAAUGUUGCAAUUUUAAAUGCAAAUCUGAGAAAAACCCAGCCAAUGGGCCUGUUAAGGAAAGCCGUCUUCAUUAUCUCGAUAUUUUUAUGCAUUUUUACGGUGAUCUUUUUUGUUUGGAUUUUACCAUGCUCGGAAAGCAAUUCUUGUCCAGCAAAUCGAAUCCAUACCCAUAAUUGGCUGCGCUCUUAUGAGCGUGUCGAGCUGAAAGGCACUAUCAAUGUUGUUCCUGGCAUUCGUGGCCGAAGUAAAAAUCUAGUGUUCAUGUAUCGCAGAAAUAGCUUUUUCAAGAAUGAUGACACUCCCAGCACUGGAUCUUCAAAACAAAAUGGUAUUAUUUCACUGAUUGGUAGUUCAGGGCAGGUUGCUUGGUAUGACGAACUAGCAAACGAACCAAGUAUAAUCGAUUGUAAUUUGAUCGAUGCUGACUCUAGUGGCGACACAGAUUGCUUGGUUAUUGAUGAACUUGGUCAAAUGAGCUGCAUAAAUCCGGUAUCAGGCCAAUGGAUUUGGCAUGUGGCUGAAACGAAUAUUCCAGGAAAAUUGAAUUUUCCAUUAGUUCUGCCCGAUAUAAACGGUGAUGGUGUGAAAGAUCUACUAAUUGCUAGUACGGUGAAUAUAUCAAACCAGAAUCACACGAACAAUGCUUUGAAGUUGAUAUCUGGAGCCAAUGGGAAACAAAUUGGACGGAGCUACAUAGUGAAAAAAUGCUCCUUCAUUCAUCGAUUUCACAUUGAUGCACAGCUUAUAAUUAGCUUCAAUUGUAUCAUUAACGAUACCGAUAUUCGCAUUAUGAACCCCUUGCAAGAAAUCUACACGAGAGCGAUGAAUCAAAGUAUUUAUUUGCCAGAACGAAGUAGUGAAAUCGAAAAUAAUCAGCACAAAUUUUAUGGACAGCGAAAAGAUACACUUCGACAACGUAACAUUUACUCAGUCAAUGAGAAACAGUUGAUUGUGGAAAAUAACGGUGUUUGUCCUGAGUCUUGCAAUGUUACACUCACAAUACUUGAAGAAUCGAAAGGAAAGCCAAAAAUUCUGAGGAAUUUCAAUGGUACAAGAAUGUAUGGAAUGGUUCCAGCACGACUUUCAUUCAACAACAGCCAAGAUCCAUUGAAGUCAUCUGUUCAUGGUUUUGUAAUAAAGUUCUGGGAAUGGAGCACCAACGAAACAGACAAAUUUACUAGCGUUGCAGAUAAAAAUUCAAUUAAUCGUGCAGAUAAUUCCACCGAAUUUAAUCGAUUUGAUAAUAUUUUGCGUAAAAAACGUUCAUGGAAUCUAGUACACCCAAACGCAAAUGCAAACGAACAAAAACAAGAAACCAGCAAUAAGAAUGUGCCCGAUCCAGUAAAUAUACCGUCAGCCUUGAACAAUAAAAUCGCUACCGAAAUGAUGCUGGCAUCACAAAUGCGAAUAAUUAAAGAAACCAUUGUACUUAUAAUAUUCAAUUCAAGUGAUAUUCGCAUCGAAAACACUAGUCAAAGUAACAUCGUGCAGUUUUGCCGAAAUGACGGACGGAAUGAAGUCUGUCAACCAGAUCUGAACUAUCAAGAAAAUUCAGUGUUAAUAGCUGAUCUUGAUCAAGAUGGAUCACAAGAACUAGUUUCAUAUUAUUCAACAUUCGUUGAGGAUGAGAGUGAAGCCAGCAAAUGGAAACUGUCCACAUAUGUCCAAUUGUUGCGUUUACAAUCCGAGCUCCCAAAAUUAUAUGCUGUCGGUGAAAAGCAUUGAUUGAACAGUAUUGAAGCGGAUGAUAUUCUGCAAAUGUAUGGUUUGAACACUUGACACAUAUGAUGCGGUUAAAAUGAAUUCAUCAAAGUGAAACAUGGAAAAGUAAUCCGUAAGAAUGAAACAUGGCAUGUGCCAUUUUAAGUAUUUCGCAUUGCGGUGUUCCGUUUUGAUGCAGUUUCGUUUUGAACGAAUCCUCUCGCAUUGUUACAUAUAAAUGGAUCUAUAUCACAUUGUUUCGUUACUCGAAUAUUUUUUCGUGUGUUUCAUUUCAAUUGAUUCCCGAACUAUUGCUAACGUCACACGUAUAGAAGUAAAAAUCGGUAAUAUAUAUUGUUUUCGUCAUUAUACAAUAACAAGGGUAAUAACUAGUUAUUACCGCUCUUAUUACCGAAAAUCAGUAAUAAGUAAUAAGUAAUUAGAAUACUUCCGAAGUUAGAAGAGAAAUCUCCGCUCCAUUGCUGCUUCUGAAAUUAGAAGAUUAUCUUCUAAUUUCGGAGGCAUUUUUAUUUCAUGCAAUGCAGCAAUUGUAUCGAACGAAACAAUUUUUAAAUAAAAUUAUCUAUUGGAAUCGUUUGACGAAAUUAGGAAAAUGUGAAAUCAUUGCUGAUUUGAAGCAAAUCGGAUGCAGAAUCAGGGUGCUUCCCGAACAAAAUGUUCGAUUUUCGUUCAAAAAUGAACCAAUUUUGUUCAGCGGCUAUGUUUAUUUCGGAUUCAAAUUGCUCCAAAUUUACUUAAAAUUCGUUUCUCUAUGAAAAAUUACAUUCCCAUAGUAUUUAUGAAAUUUCAGCUGGAAAUAAACAUAGCUAAUAAAUCUUUUUUUUUCGUCUGAUAAUUCGUUGAAUUUGAUUGGAAUAUUGUUGAAAUUUUUUUAUUGAGGCAGAGCGUCAAAAAAAUCGAAAUCUUGUUUAAAGUAUGGUUCAAAGUUGUAUUUUUAUGCAGGAGUUUUUAUAUCGUUCCGGAGUUACUGUAGCACCAUUUAGUUGAUUUAGUCGUAAAAUUAUUGCGACAAAUUUUGCCUCCAAAAUUAGAAGAUUUCAGAAAUUAGAAGUACCCGAAGUACAAACACCUUCUAAUUUCCAUUGUAUAACGUAAACUAAAGAACGUAAUGAGGAAUGUAACGAGAAAUUCCGUUCAUUCAUAAUCGUUAGUGAAGCCACGUUGCCAAAACCUGUACGUUCUUGUUUGUUUACUGCGCACUACUUAUAAACCAAUGCAUUUCAACCGGCGCUCCGAGGUUUCUAUACAAAUUUCCCAUGUAGACGAUUCGAAAUAGACAAAAAAUCAAAAAAAAAGUUAAAAAAAACAUUUUUUUCGAUUCUAAUACAGCAUUUUAUGUGCUCCACAACACCAAUGGAUUGUGUUACCGCCAAAUCGAAAUUUGUAUUCUGUGAUAAAUACGUGUGACGUCAGCAAUAGUACGGGUAAAUUAGUUGAAAUGAAACACACACAAAAAUAUUCGAGUAACGAAACAAUGCGAGAGGACUCGUUAAAAACGAAACUGUAGACAAAAAAUCUAUCAGAACGGAACACCGCAAAGCGAAAUACUUAAAAUGGCACAUGCCAUGUUUUAUUCUUACGGAUUUCUUUUCCAUGUUCCACUUUAAUGGAUUGCUUUAUUUUUUUCCGUAUCUAUUUGUCGAGCGAACUAAGUUUCACGUUCAUUUUAACCACAUCAUAUGUAAAGCACAUUCUGUACUUUGUUCAAGCUUUGAAGACGUAUGUUAAAAUAAUAUCGGACCAAACUUCUUAACCUUACAAAUAAUGUGUAAUUUUAUCAAUUUUGAGCAACGCGUCUAUCUAGUCACAGAUAAUGGAAGUGAUAUGUAAGUUAGGGUGUUCAGGUUUGGGGAGUCAAAUAAGAAUAUAUGAUUUCUACGCAGAUUUCGGCCCAAAAAAUCGGAAUCAAACAAUAAAUCGUCCUUCAUUGCUAAUAAAUUUGGAAUUUCACCGAAA